AUGCAGCCCACCACCACCACGGUCGGCGUCCUCGCUCUGCAGGGCGGCUUCGCCGAGCACAUCGUGCUCGUCCGCAAGGCCGCCGCCCAGCUCGCCGACAGCUUCCCGACGGCCAUUGAGGCCAUCGAGGUGCGCACGCCCGCCGAGCUCGCGCGCUGCGACGCCCUCAUCAUCCCCGGCGGCGAGAGCACCACCAUUUCCUUUGUCGCCGCCCAGUCGGGGCUGCUCGAGCCGCUGCGCGAGUUUGUCAAAGUCCUGAAGAAACCGACCUGGGGCACCUGCGCCGGCCUCAUCCUGCUCUCCGAGCAGGCCAACGCCACCAAGCAGGGCGGCCAGGCCCUCAUCGGCGGGCUCGACGUGCGCGUCCACCGCAACCACUUUGGCCGCCAGACGGAGAGCUUCGCCGCGCCGCUCGACCUGCCGUUUCUGCCCGACGCCGCUGCCCGCCCCUUUGAGGGCGUCUUUAUCCGCGCCCCCGUUGUCGAGGCCGUGCUGGACGGCGCCGUCACCGUCGUCGCCACCCUCCCCGACCGCGUCAACAAGGUCCGGCCCCGCGCUGGCGUCGUCUCCGAGGCGCGCGUCACAGACAAUGCCGGCGACAUUGUGGCGGUCCGCCAAGGAAACGUCUUGGGCACCAGCUUUCAUCCGGAGCUGACGCCGGAUGCGAGGAUGCACGCCUGGUUCUUACAGGAGUUUGUGCGCAACAAGUAG